CCAUGCUCGGUAAAGUAGACGUGGCAAUGACGUCAGUACCGGAAAUGACCCGGAUCGGAACUUUAACUCCUGGGUAUACUAGUCUUCACCAGAAACACCGACGGGUCUGAUAAUAUGUUGCGAUACUGAUUCAGACAUGAAUGAUAACCACCUUUCGAUGUGAAUUUGUCCGUACACCGCGAGGUCUUAGUAUUUAUCAAUCAGACAGACCCCAGGAGGAAGAACCGGCUGCCCGGGUGGUGUUUGAUCUAUAGCGGGCAGGUGACUCACUAUCAGCGGCAGCAUGACGUGCCGUGACCGGACACUCGAGUUCCAGUCAGCGUGUAAAUCUCUCCAGGGCAGACAGCAGAAUGGAGUCCAGCCCAGUAAACCAGCGCUCAGUGCCCUCAGGCAGCGCAGUGACUUUACAGUUAUGGCCAAGAGAAUUGGGAAAGACUUGAGCAAUACAUUUGCCAAACUGGAAAAGCUCACAAUUUUGGCAAAAAGAAAAUCUCUGUUUGAUGACAAGGCGAUAGAAAUCGAGGAGCUGACAUACAUCAUUAAGCAGGACAUUAACAGUCUAAACAAACAGAUAGCACAGCUGCAGGACUUGGUGAGGUCCCGUGGAGCUCCAGGUGGCCGACACAUUCAGACCCACUCAAACACUAUAGUGGUGUCAUUACAGUCCAAGCUGGCAUCGAUGUCCAAUGACUUCAAAUCAGUCCUAGAAGUCAGAACAGAGAACCUGAAGCAGCAGCGCAGCAGGAGAGAGCAGUUCUCCCAGCCUCCGGCGUCGUCUUCUCCUCUCAUGGCCAACAACUUCAGGAGCCGCAAAAAAGGGGCCCAGGAGCCGCAUGCAGCUCGUGAGCCGCGCAAUGACUACCAGGGCUAUACAACCGCAAAUUACAAAGAUGGCUCGGUCCUGAUGCAGGAAGAGUCCCGGAGCCGGGGGGAUGUUGCUAUCGAUAUGGACUCUCCAAGUAAUCCUUUGCAGCUUCAGCUUAUUGAUGAGCAGGACUCGUACAUCCAGAGCCGUGCAGAUACCAUGCAAAACAUCGAGAGCACCAUCGUGGAACUGGGUUCCAUAUUUCAGCAGCUAGCGCACAUGGUCAAGGAGCAAGAGGAGACCAUCCAGAGGAUCGAUGCUAACGUGGAGGACACCCAGCUGAACGUGGAGGCUGCCCACACAGAGAUCCUUAAAUACUUCCAGUCGGUCUCCUCCAACCGCUGGCUGAUGAUCAAGAUCUUUCUGGUCCUCGUGGUCUUCUUCAUCAUCUUUGUCGUCUUCUUUGCUUAAAGGAAUGAGGAGCGGGGAAACGGUAUCGAAUGAGGGAGAAUAUAAUUAAAGCUAGACUAAGAGGAUGUAUUUCGAGACUCUUCUAUCACGAUUUCAUGGAGGCUUUUGGGAUCCACUCGAAUACGGACCUGUCGUUUUGUCCCAAGCCACAAACUUUUCAGUCUUAAUUUGACUCUUCAAUGGAAAAUGAAGAUGUUGAACUCUCAAAUAAAACAAAUAAAUGAUCUUUGAAUCCCCACUUUAAGAGCAGAAAGCUGCUCUGUAUUCUACAUUGACCAGCUAUUCAUAAGCAUUUAAUCAAAAUGGCUCUAAUUUAAUGGUUUGAUUCUGCAAACUGUCUUAUGGUUGUUUUGUUUAACCUCUUUUACCACACGUCAUCCUUUAUAGUAAGUAUUACAAAGCCAAACUUUACAACUGGACUUGCUCCUCAGAUUAUGUUGCUUCAUAGUUUACCUGCUUUUUACUGGAACCACAUGACUGUCUCUCAUUUAUCAGCAAUUCCUAACCUUCUACCAUCCAAAACUGAUGUGGAUUUUUUUUUUUUU